AUGCCUUUCAACACCGAUUGGAUCCCUGGUGCAACGUUUUCUGGCGGUGUGUUUUCUCCUGGCAAAGUCGAUCUGAUCUCUACGGCAAAUCCCAAUCUUUUAAGCAAUGUAGACACCGCCCGCUUGAAUGAUGGAGACUCCAUCGACAACAGUUCCCUUGCUUCUGAUGACAAAACAAAUAUUGCUAGGUCUGAUGCUGACCCUGUAAUCAAAACAACAAGCGCCAUCAAGCACGCCCCCAGUGCCUCACCUCCUGCAUAUUGCUUGGAGGUGCUUCCCCUUGGUUCUCCUGAGAACCCAAUCAAAAUAGAAGACAAAGAAGCCAAUACCGACGGAAGGAAUAAUGAUGGAAUAAAUGAUUAUGAAAGACUAAACAGCCCAAGAUUCAACCCCGUCGAGAUCAUCCCUUUCCAAGCAACCGUUAUUGAUGAAGAGGAGGUUAUUCGCGCUAACAACAAGACCACCAAGCUCAGCUUGGCAGUUUAUAUAUCGUGA